GGUCGAGCGAGCAAAGCCUCCGACGCUCCGCGGCCCGCCGCCGCCGCUGCCCAGGCCCCGCUCCCCUCGGACCCACCGCGCCAUGGGGGUCCGAGAGUCGGCGCUGCUGUUGUUGGGAGCGCUCCUGGCCGCCGCUGCCGAAGAGGAGCCGGUGCCGCGCCUGAGCCUGCGCCUCGGCUCCCCCCUCCGGCUCUUGACCCGCUUUGAAGAGCCUGGAAUCACCAACUACACCACGAUGCUGCUGAGCCCAGAUGGGGGCACCUUGUACGUGGGUGCCCGUGAGAGGCUCCUUGCCCUCAACACCACCUCCUUCUCUCCUGGGCCACAGCACCAAAAACUGCUGUGGGGGGCUGAGGAAGAAAAGAAGCGUCAGUGUGUCUUCAAGGGCAAAGACCCCCAGAGAGACUGUCACAAUUACAUCAAGAUCUUGCUGCAGCUGAACAGUACCCACCUGUACACCUGUGGAACCAGCGCCUUCAGCCCCACCUGCACCUACAUUAACAUUCCAGAAUUCAGCCUGAAGCGAGAGGCCUCCGGGAAGCUGUUGCUGGAGGACGGGAAAGGGCGCUGCCCCUUUGAUCCUGCAUACAGGUCCACGGCCAUCAUGGUUGAUGGAGAACUAUACGCGGGGACUGUGAGCAACUUUCAAGGCAAUGAGCCGACCAUCCUGCGGAGUCACGGCAGUCGCCAGGCCAUCAAGACCGAGAACUCGCUCAACUGGCUACAAGAUCCCUUCUUUGUGGGCUCGGCCUACCUGAGAGAGAGCCACCCACCCAGCAGCCCCCAGGGGGACGAUGACGACAAGAUCUACUUCUUCUUCAGCGAAAGUGGCAAGGAGUUUGACUUCUUUGAAGACACUGUGGUGUCGCGCAUCGCCCGCGUGUGCAAGGGCGACGUUGGGGGUGAGCGUGUUCUCCAGAGGCGGUGGACGACCUUCCUGAAGGCCCAGCUGCUGUGCUCACACCCCGAGGACGGCUUCCCCUUCAACGUGCUGCAGGACAUGUUUGUGCUCACCCCAGGCGAGAGCUUGGCAGAGACCGUCUUCUAUGGGGUCUUCACCUCUCAGUGGGACAGGAAGGGCGCUGGGGGCGCUGCAGUCUGUGCCUUCUCCAUGGCGGAUGUGGAGGAAGCCUUCAGUGGGCUGUACAAGGAAGUCAACCGGGAGACCCAACAGUGGUACACGGACACCCACCCUGUGCCAGAGCCCCGACCUGGAGCGUGCAUUAACAGCCAGGCCCGGCGGAUGAAGAUCACCUCCUCACUCCAGAUGCCCGACCGGGUUCUCAACUACCUCAAGGACCACUUCCUGAUGAGCAGCCCCAUUCGGAGCCAGCCGCUCUUCCUCCUGCAAGGUCAUGCCCGCUACCAGCAGAUCAGCGUCCAGCGUGUCCAAGGCCUGCACCGCGCCUACAAUGUCUUGUUCUUGGGCACAGAUGACGGCUGGCUGCACAAGGCUGUGGUGACGGAGCAGCAGGUCCAGAUCAUUGAAGAGAUCCAGCUCUUCCCUGCUGGGCAGCCUGUCCUCAAGCUGCUUCUGGACCCCGCCCAGGGCCUCCUUUAUGCUGCCUCCUACACUGCUCUCGUCCAAGUGCCGCUCUCCAACUGCAGCAUGUACCGGACCUGUGCCGAAUGCAUCCUGUCUCGGGACCCUUUCUGCAUCUGGAGCGGAGGGGCCUGCCAUCCACUUCUCCCAGACCGCUCAUGGCCUCAUGCAGGGCCCAGCCGGCUUCAGGACAUCGAACGGGCUGAUGCCACCCAGCUUUGCCAGACGGGCAAUGGGCAGCCCAGCAGCUCAGCCACAGAAGAGCCCCCAUGCAAGGCGGUGGUGAUCUUGGGCUCCAGCGCUGUGCAGUCGCUCCCUUGCCCGCAGCUCUCCAACCUGGCUUCUCGGCACUGGCUGCACAAUGGGGUUGCCAUCAACACCUCGGCUGUUCUGGUGCUUCCCGAAGGGGAGCUGGUACUGAUGGGCAGCCCGACCCAGGCGGGACGAUAUGACUGCUGGUCGCAGGAGGGCGGCUUCCGGCAGCUGAUGGCCAGUUACUGUGUGCGGGUUGAGCCCACGCUGGGAGCUCGGAUCGUGCCCCUCCAGAACCCCCUGGAAACCAUCAGCACCUCCAGGAGCGUCUCGGCGGCGGCUGCAGGGAGCAGCAUGUCGGCUCUGCUGGAGGGCAAGACCUACUGGACGGAGUUCCUGGUGAUGUGUGUGGCCUUUGCCGUCACAGUGACGCUCCUGACCCUCUUCGUGCUGCACCGGCACCGCAAUGCCGUGAAGACCUUCCUCAAGCAGGGCAAGUGCACCAGCGCCCAUCCCAAGAAACCCCGCAAGAUGGGGCUUCCCGCAGAGAACUUGCCCCUCAAUGGGGCCCAUACGCCCAGCGCCAUCCUAGACCACAAGGGCUACCAGGCCCUCCACGACAGCCACGCGGCCAACACGCCUCUGCAUGCUGCUCCUGCGGCGCAGCCCGUUGUGGCCUUCUCAGAGUCUGACCGACGCCCGCUCAGCGUCCACGAAAGCGUUGUGGAGGUUUUGACUCCCACCCAGCGGCCGCGUGUGCGCCUCGGCUCCGAGAUCCGGGACUCGGUUGUAUGAGACGCAUUGUUGCUUCCACAGACACUGCUGUGCUGAGCCUUCCGAGGAACCAGGAGCUCCUGGUGCCCCCGCCCAAACCAGAACUGCCCGAAGAACUGUGAACCGACAGAAGAGGCCCUGAGGUUUUGGGCACUUGGGCCGCGUCCUCUCGCCCUGCGCUGGGGCACCUGUGCCUCUCCGCGCUGCCCUGGACUCCUUGCAAACAAUGGCUAGAACCUGCUGAGAGCAGAGCGGGCACUCCUAAGCCUUGAGGAGCAGGGGUAGCCUGCUCUCUGGCUGCUGCAAGGAUGCUCAGCUGGGCAGAAGGGGAGACACUUUGGCCCGGGUUGUCGUCCUAGGUCAGAGGAGCCAGACCCAAGCCCCACUGGGCUGGGGCAGGACGAGAGACUGCAAGGAGGCUGCAGAAGGAGGCCCUGUCCUUGGCCUGCCCAGUUCCUGCAUUUCCUUCCAAAUAGAGCACCCUCUGGGCCAAGGAGUGGCACCUGCGAGCUCUCUCAAUGGGUGGGUGUGUUGUGUUGUGUGCAUGGGGUGGAGUCUGGCUUCUUGUGAACUCUGUGGGGUUAGGGGGAGAACCUGUUGAAUGUUUAGGGUGUUUGCUUGGUGUGUGGAAGUGUGAGAGAGGGGCUCAGGUGCCAUGUUGCGAGGGGGAAGGGACACACGCCCACCAAACACAGAUACCAGGCCUGCCCUUCUGACACUUGCAAACACUAGGUUUGGCUGUCUGCCACUGUGAAUUCUGCCUGGGCUCCAGCACAGAGCUGCCUCCUGCCCAGGCCAGGUAUGGGCCACUCGCAACAGCAGCCCCAGAGCUCCCUCACGCUUCCCACAAGUGCACUUGCACAAGCCUUGUGUGUUGGUUGUGUUUAUUUUUACAUAAAAGUUGACGUCUCCUUUGA